ACACCCCUUCUGAUCCAGCACACCUCCAUCAUUAACCAAACAGUCCUUGAGGAUCGUGUGUUUACUGUUUACCUGGGGAACCUCUCCUACGAUGUUGACCUGGUGGCUGUGAAGCUCAAUGGUCACAACUUCACCAUACUAGAGGCGAAUAAAAGUGGCCUCGUCAUAACCAUGGUCCCCCAGCCCAAUAGUAACCUACAUGCCUACAUUCUCAGGGUGCCAUUUGAUGAUGCCGUUGUUCACAAGCUGUACUCUACAGAGGGUCGUCUUCAGUUCUCAUUGGACAUCAACUACACUUUGGUCAUCCUGCCUCAAGAGGAGCCCUACUACUACCUGGCUUCAGUCGUGGCUCAGUUCAAUGAUGUCUUUCCUCCGGUCUUCAAAGGCGUCUGCAAUGAGAAAAGCAUUAGUUUCCAGAUGGUCCAUAAGCCAUUUGACUACCUGUGGGAGGUGGGUGUUGGCCCAUACCUUCUGACCACAAAUCUGGCAGCCAAGCGGGGCUACAUCAUGCAGAAUGACAGCAAGAGUCUKACCCUGGAAGUGCCCCUCUUCACUGUUGGCUACACUUAUAAGGACAUCAAUUUGAAGCAGUUCUACGGCUCAUUUGAAAUUCACUCGCGACGUCCCAAGACCUUGGAUGUCAAGAGUUCCUUGGCCAAAGAUUGUCUCUUUCAGACUACUGAGGUCAUAGUGUGUUCCACUAAAGGGGUGGUGACAGUGGUUACUGAUGUGACUCUGGCUAUUCCUGGAGCUGAACCCAACAGAACCUUUCUCCUGGACUCCACCUGCAGGCCUCAAGAGACAGAUGACACCAGGGCUCUCUUUAGCUUUGGACUCCACA